AAGGGGAAUAACUCUGCAUUGUGUAGCAGGCGGCCCGAGAAGACGACCGAGAGCGAUGGGAGAAGAAGUGGUUAACGAGGAAUUUGAACUCGAAUGUGCACCGCAGUUCCUUUCAUCGGGUGUUCCUAGGCAUCUGUGGAGUGAAGCUUAUCGUAAACUUUCAGAGGAGGUAUAUGAUGCUGGGAAGUAUCUCUGUUGGUUUAAAUAUGCAGUAGAAGGUGAACAGAAUGAGUCACCAACAUACCUGACAUACCUGACCCCAGCAGAUGAGGAGGGGUUAAAAGCUGCCAAUCCAGAAAAUGUUUUUGUGGUUGAUCAUGCGUGGCUGUUUGAAGCAAAGGAUGCAGAACAACACCUAGCUGCCCAUCCUUCCCUCCUGACACGUAUGUGCAAACUCAUGAACAUUAACUACGAAGAGCAAGAUGAUAGAGAGAACAUCAGAAAAGUUAUUAAGGAGAUGUGGCGAUUUUGCUAUACCUUCAAAAUUCGCACAGCAGAAAUGGCACCACAUGAAGCCAAGAUAAUGUGGUAUAUAAAUGAUGAAGUUGGAAGUAUGAUAGCACACUCUGAUAGCCCAAACUGCAGGAUGGCACCCGUUUACUUCAAGGGUACAACAUACACACUUCUAUGGCCCAUCAAAGACAUUGACCAUGAAGAAGUGUGCACAGUUGAUCGUGCAAUGGGUAUAGAUCACCCUAAAAUUCGGCAAGCUCGUCUUCAGCCCUGGGUCCCAAGCGAUAUGACAGAUAUUUCAUUUAUUCAGCAUGAACCAGAUCCUUCUUAUUUUGAGGCGUACCGUUAUAGGGAGACACUGCCAGACCCUGAUAUUGAAUGUCCUGGGUUACCACAUGACAGAAAGAUUAGAGUGUACCUGCAGUAUCAGAACUGACAAGUUUUGACGGACCCACGAUUUGAACUAAUAGAUACAAAAGAGGAAGCUGACAUCAUAUGGACACAGGCAACUUUCAAAGACUUUAGAGAUUUAAGGCUGAGGUCUCCUGGCUGCCUUAUCAAUCAGUUCCCGUGUGAGAAUGUACUUACAAUCAAAGAUCUCCUGGCCAUUGUGGCAAGACGUGCUGCCAGCAGUCCACCCAAGGAUCCACUUAACCCUGGACCUAAGUGGCUUCCUGUGACCUUUAAUCUCGAGACAGAGUUGGCAGAGUUUGUUUCUUACUACCAGACUCGAGAAAAAAGCGGUCUUGACAAUGUGUGGAUUUGCAAACCUUGGAACCUGGCUCGAGGAAUAGACAUGACCAUCACAGAUAACCUCAACUACAUUGUUCGUCUUCCAGAAACAGGACCAAAGGUGGCCUGCAAGUACGUGGAGAACCCAGUGUUGUUUGCUCGAGACGAUAUAGGUUUGGUCAAGUUUGAUAUACGAUAUAUUGUCCUCCUGCGGUCUGCCCAUCCACUUUCAUUGUAUGUCUACAAGGUCUUCUGGCUACGAUUUGCCAACCAGCCCUUCGUGCUGGAUGACUUUCAUAAUUAUGAGAAACACUUCACAGUCAUGAAUUACAGGCCAGGCUCAGUCUUGAAACAGGUAAACUAUGAUGAAUUCAUACCAAUGUUUGAGAAGCAGUAUCCAGACUUUCCCUGGGAAACAGUUGAGGCAUCUAUAUUUGAGAUGAUCCGAGAACUGUUUGAGGCAGCCGUGUCCAAACCACCACCUAUGGGGAUCGGUCACAACCCUCAGUCCCGUGCUCUAUACGCUAUUGAUCUCUUGCUCAAGUGGGAUGAUACCAAUGAAGGUGAUAAAUGCAUUGUGCCCCAGCUCUGUGAGGUCAACUUUAGUCCAGACUGUGAGAGAGCCUGCAAAUACCAUCCCUUUUUUGUCAAUGAUGUCUUCAGCGUUCUAUUUCUUGAUGACACAGAGGACAAACAUGUUGUGAAAAUAGCAUAGCAAAGUGUGCAACUUCUUGGUCCUGUUUCAGUGGUAUUAGUUUUAAAACACUUAUUUCCCAAAGGUUUGAGUUUACUCUGUCACUUUGCUCAUAACUGUCUAUUUCUUUUUUAUUACUGUUAUAUUAUUUGUUGCUAUCUUACUUCAUUAUACAAAGUUCAUAGUUUAUAACUGAACUGGUAAAGAACAAAUUAGAGAAGGUGUACAUUGAUAGUUAACUUUUAAGUGAAAGAAAAAGCCCAUCAGAUAUGGAAAUUAUUAGUGAGAUGCCAACACCAUGUUUUUAAUUAUGUAACACAUUGCUGUAAGUUCAAGUGUCAAAUUUACAAAUAGUGCUGCGAGGCAGUCGUCUGAAAACAGCUAUUUUAUUUUUAUUGAAUUAAUCAAGUGUUUUAUUUUUUCCUUGAUGACAGUUUUUAAUGUUGCUAAGAGGUGCAGGCAUCUUAUUUUUUGGAAUUUCAGAUUCUAUAGAUUUCUUAGGAAUUCUUAAGCACUCCUGCAUUAAGAGUUGUAAAAUAUGCAUGUACAUAUAAUAAAUAAUGGCAAACAUUGUGUAUGCAUUUGAGAAUCAUGAGCAGCUGAUCCAUAACAGGUUAUAGAUUCAUUUAGUUGUGCUGUGAAUGAUUCUUUGGUUUUGAGUACUUCAUGUUUUUCAUGAUUUCAGGUGAAACUGCUUUGUGGGAACAGAAGUUCAUUGUUCAGUUAUUAAAUAAAAUUUUUCAUAUGUAAAA